AUGAUGGCAGAUAAUCCAGAAGAAAAUAUCAUGGAUGCCGAGGAUAACUAUAAAAAAAUCGACGCAGCCCGGAGCAGAUAUCCUUACUGUAUUGUCUGGACACCAAUCCCGGUGCUUACGUGAGUAUAUAUAUUUAUUUUAAAGUGUGCAUGUUUACUGUUGUGAAAUGAUUUCGUUCCUGUGAUCUGGUUCUGAUUAAGUUAGAGAGAAUUUUGGAAAUUAACUAUCCAGGGCAAUUAGUUGGGUUAAAUUAUGUACGAAAGAUAAACAUGGAAAUAUUUGCUUUCUUCUUAACAUAGUAGCACAAUAAAUGAUAAAGUGAGUGGUAACCUUUUUUAAAUUAUUUUUUAAUCUUAAUCAGAAGAAAUCUAUGUAUGACUCGACUAUGAGGAUCGACAGUUUAAAAAAAUUCCGUACACCCCUUCAGUUUAGUUAACUAAUUUAAGUCUCCUUGAGGAAAAAAGAUGAAAGUGUCGACACCACCCUCCUACUUGGAAAAAAAGAUCGUGGUUUUCUUGCAAUCUAAGUUCAGACGAUAAAAGACAAAAAGGAAAGAUGGUGUUGUAUGACUGGUAAAGUUCAACGGAACCUUUUUUAGAAGAGUUAGAACCAGUUGUUUAAGAAAAAAAAACACACAGCACAAAUGGGUAUUAAUGAAUAGCAGGCUAGUUUUUACACUUUCUAUCAGUCUUUCUAAAAACUCCUUUACUAAUUAACUUUUUUUAUUCAUAUAUUGUAAGGUGGCUUUUCCCUUUCGUUGGCCAUAUGGGGAUUGCCAUGUCUUCAGGUGUAAUAAGAGACUUUGCUGGUCCAUACUAUGUUUCAGUAAGUGAUACCUUUGUCAUUUGUGCUUUAAGCCUAGAACACACGUUGCAGUAAUGACCAUAUCAAAGUAUGCACCAUUUACAAACUUUAAGUUACAGAUAGCCAUGUACAGAUAUCGAAAUACAACAACCAAACAACAGGAAUCCCUUACCAUGUCUUACACUGUUAUUUUUCUUGAAAGGAAGAUGAUAUGGCCUUUGGAAGACCAACAAAGUAAGUAGUUUUGUACAGCUGAUUGUAUAUGUGUAUCUUAUUUUUAAUUUGAGAUGUGUUUCAUGACCUAGUUCCACCAAAUAUCAAAGAACAAGCAUGAUAUUUUGAUAAUUUUCCAUGUUGUCCAUUAAAUCUGAACUGAGAAUGUCAAGGCAGAAGAAUUGAUAAUUGAAAGACCUAAAAAAUUAUCUAGGAUACAAUUAUAUCUUUAAAUUAAUUAAAACCAAAUACAAUUUACUUACAGAUACUUACGUCUAAAUCCAGCGAAAGCUUCCAGUGUACAAAACAGCUGGGAUGUGGCCAUUUCAUCUGCAUCAGAGGAGUACAAACACAGAAUGGUGAGUUAACUGAUCAGUUAGCAUAGUGAAAAUUAUGAUUAUAUUGCAAUCAUGACAAUUGCCAAUUUUUUUAAAAUUUUUUAUUUCAUUUUUCAGCAUAACCUUUUUUGUGACAACUGCCACUCACAUGUUGCCAUGUCACUGAAUAUGAUGCAGUAUGAAAGGUCAUCUUCCUGGAACAUGGUUAAAUUGGCAUUCAACAUGUUUAUUUUUGGGAAAUUUGUCAGGUAUGUUUGGAGGCAUUUUUGUAUUCAAUUCCCUUACCUAUUAUUAGACAUGAUGACAGCAGAUGCCAUUUAACCAUUUAACCCCUGAGAGUGAUAAGCAUCUUAUUUCUCCUAAAAGUAUCACCCCUGAAUCAAACUUUAGGGCUGAGAGAAUAGAGGAAAUGAUCACGGUUUCAAGAAACUCUUGAUUGUUAGAUAAAUUCUCCUGAUGUGUACCUAAGGAAAUGUAUAGAGAGCAGUUUGGAGAAUAUUCAUAGUGAUGUUAGGGUGAAAGGGUUAAUUCAUCAUGUAGUGUGAUCCUCAGGUUGAGAAUUUCCCUGAAGAGAACUGUUGUUGGUGACAGUUAGGUAACAGUGACUUCUGAGGUUGUUGAAAGGUGGUUCAUUGCCAUCAACUACUGCCACUCUGCUACUCCUUUUCAGGACCCUCUCCUAGAUAAUCUUACCUACAUGAUAAACUUUUCCAAGAGGGGAGUUGGGGGGGGGGGGAAGGAGUAAUAGGCUAGACUAGAAUGGGGCAGGGGUUCUGAUAGGCCAGCAGCAUACACCAGGCAAAAAUUGACCCAGGUACACUUCCCAGACAACUGUUACUAUUGCAGGUAAUUUAAUGUUAACAACUGGGUUGAAAACGUAAAUUGGCCACCAUAAAGAGUGGAAAAGCUGACAUUUUGAGCAUUAGCCCUUUGUCAGAGUGAUUCAUGUAUCACCCUGACAAAGGGCUAACACUCAAAAUUUCAGCUCUUUUAUUCUUUACGGUGGCCAAUUUAUGUUUUCAACCCAGUUGUUAACACUAAAUAACCUGCUAUACUCUCCCACCAAUGCAGCACCACAGUUUCUCUAGAAACUUACCCCCUUUAUUCAACUGUUACUAUUGGUUCAAAACAUAAACUGUGAAAGUUGUAUCAUAACAAAGAUGCUAGAUUGAUGGCAUCAUGCAUGAGAUACAGGUCCUUGUCACUUAUCAACGCAAGUUUUCCUGGUCCAACUGACAUGUUUUUUCAUGAAUCUUACGUUUACAGGCACAAUAUUUUUAUCUUUGUCUUUUUUUAUUGAUAUCACCAACAACAGAUUAACAGCUUUUUUUUUUAAAUCAUUGUUUGCAGUGUGGGUGCAUUCCUGAAGACAUGGCUUCCAUUCACUGUGGUUAUAACUUGCAUAAUACUCCUCUUUGUUUUGAUUUGA